AUGGCAAACAUGUGUCAUCCGCAUACCCCAUAUCUAGUCCUUUCUUGUAUCGUUUUCUGUUGGUUUAUCUCCUCAGUUACUUCUGCAGAUUUUGAAAAUGAGACAGAUCGCUUGGCUUUACUCUCGGUCAAGUCAUAUAUAAGAUCUGACCCAUAUCAGAUCCUGCCUUCUUGGAACGACUCAAUCCAUUUUUGCAACUGGACAGGUAUCAUAUGUGGUCUAAGGCGCAAGAGAGCCGUCACCCUCAAUUUGUGGUCCGGUGCCUUUUCUGGUUCAAUAUCUCCUGCAGUGGGUAACCUUUCAUUUCUUAGGGAGCUUCUUCUUUACAACAAUAGCUUCACAGGUAACCUCCCACAGGAAGUUGGCAGGUUAUCAAGAUUAAGGAGGCUAGGGAUUUCCAAUAAUGAUCUGUCAGGCGAAAUUCCUUCGAACAUAUCUCAGUGUCUAAAUCUUGUAGAACUUGAUCUAAGUGGAAACGGUUUCAUUGGUACUAUUCCUAAUGAAUUCGAGUCGUUAAAUAAGCUUCAAUUUUUAAACCUCCACUCAAACAACCUAACAGGAGAAAUACCAAAGUUUAUUGGAAAUUUUACGAACCUUACAUUUAUAUCUGGUUUAGGCAAUAAUUUCCAUGGAAGCAUUCCUAAUACUCUAGGUCGGUUGUCCAAUCUAUGGUUUUUUGGGUUUGCAGAGAAUAACCUUUCCGGCACCUUACCACCCUCGUUUUUCAAUCUUUCAUCCUUGACAAACAUAGAUUUGCCUGAUAAUCAGAUUGGCGGGAAUCUGCCAGCAGAUAUCGGACAAAGAUUUCCUGGGCUUGUAUUUCUAAACCUUCCAAUAAACAAAUUUACCGGACCCAUUCCAGAUUCAUUAUCUAAUGCCUCGAAUCUUGAAGUGCUGGCACUCAAUGAAAACUCAUUUACUGGCAGCGUGCCAAGCUUUGAUUGGCUAACAAGGUUGACAUGGUUUGCAGUUAAUAAUAAUGACCUUGGGUUUGGGAAAUCCGAUGACUUAAACUUUGUAUCAUCUUUAGCCAACUGUACCAGAUUAACUUCAUUGGGUUUCGGUGCCAACAAUCUUGGAGGAGUCUUGCCAAAAUUAGUAUUCAACUUUACUCAACUUACCGAGCUCACAAUAGGAAGGAACUUGAUAUCUGGUAAUAUUCCCUCUGAGAUUGGGCAAUUAGUUAACGUUGAGAGAUUGUUUCUGUUUUCCAACCAAUUAAGUGGUACGAUUCCAAGUUCGAUUGGGAAUCUGAGAAAUGUCGGUGCAAUGUCUCUUAGAGGAAACUUAUUAUCAGGAUUUAUACCAUCGUCAUUGGGAAAUCUCACCUUACUGAGCAGGCUCUUUUUACAGUAUAACCGUCUAGAAGGAACUGUACCUUCUAGUUUAUCGAAAUGUAAAGGGUUGCAGCUUCUGGAUCUUUCUAGAAAUAAUCUUAGUGGUAGCAUACCCAAGGAAAUUUUCAGUCUAUCGUCCUUGACAAUAUCUCUUGACCUUUCUGACAACCAGUUUGUAGGUUCUCUUCCUUCUGAAGUAGGUGUCUUGAAGAAUUUGGUCUCUUUUAAUAUUUCGAAUAACAUGAUGUCGGGUUUGAUUCCAUCUAGUCUUGGAUCUUGCACCAGUUUGGCUGUGUUGUCCAUCUCAAGGAAUACCAUUCAAGGAGAAAUUCCAGGGACAUUUAACUCAUUGAGAGGACUAGAAGUUUUAGAUCUUUCCCACAACAGUUUAACCGGUAAUAUCCCUGAUUACCUGGGAGAAUUUGUGUUCUUAGAAAGUAUAAACUUAUCUUUCAAUAGUUUUGAAGGAAAGUUGCCCGAAGAAGGAGCUUUUCAAAAUAUAAGUAAAGUUUCCAUUGAAGGGAAUGCUAAGCUUUGCGGUGGUCUUAGAGAAUUUCAGUUGCCCAAGUGUUCCUUUGAAGAAUCAUCAAAGAACAACAAACUUCCUCUGUCUUUGAUAAUAAUUAUACCAAUACUUUGUGUGAUUUUCAUUCUAGCCCUUAUUCUGAUCUUUUACCUUAUUCUGAAACGAAGAUAUAGUAAGAAGGUUUCUGCGGGGACUAGUUCGGACAAUGAAAAACUUCAACUUUCUUAUAGAAUCUUACAUGAAGCAACAAAUGGAUUUUCAUUGGAAAAUUUAGUCGGUUCUGGAAAAUUCAGCUCUGUCUAUAAAGCGAUCCUGUACCAAAAAAAUGGACCAGAAGUUGUUGCUGUGAAGGUACUAAAACUUGAAGUUCGUGGUGCUGAAAAGAGCUUUAUUGCAGAAUGUGAAGCCUUGAGAAGUAUCAGACAUAGGAAUCUUGUGAAAAUCAUAACUGCUUGUUCCGCUCUUGAUUAUCAAGGGAAUGCUUUUAAGGCUCUUGUUUAUCCUUAUAUGAUAAAUGGAAGUUUGGAGGACUGGUUGCAUAAUUAUCCACUAGUUGGUCCGGAGAAUGAGUCAUCCAGGUGUCUAAACUUUUUGGAAAGGUUGAAUAUCUUGAUAGAUGUGGCGUGUGCUCUGAAUUAUAUUCAUCAGCACUGCGGAUCACCAAUGGUUCAUUGUGAUAUUAAGCCUAGUAAUGUUUUGUUGGAUGCUGAUAUGGUAGCCCAUCUUGGUGACUUUGGGUUGGCAAGAUUACUUCAACAAGCGACACAUGUUUCUUCUACAAGUCACGCCAGUUCCCUUGGAAUAAAAGGAACUAUCGGAUAUGCUGCUCCUGAAUAUGGAAUGGGCAGUAAGACGUCACCUUCUGGCGACAUUUAUAGCUUUGGAAUUCUCAUACUAGAGUUAUUUACGUGCAAACGUCCUACUAAUGACAUAUUCAGUAACAACCUCAAUCUGCAUGAUUUUGUGAAGAUGGCCAUACCUCACCAGGUUAUGGAGAUAACUGAUCCUGCUCUUUUUCAGUCGAAGCAAGAGGAAAAUAUGACUAAAGAUACACAUGAUUGCAAAACACACGUGCCAAUCGAGGAUUGCCUGAUCUCAGUCUACCGAAUUGGGAUUGCUUGCUCAGUGGAAAUACCCAGACAACGAACAGCCAUCAACAACGUCAUAGACCAACUGAAGCUUGUUAAGGAAACUAUGACUGCUGCAUAAAAUGUUUUAUAGUUAAGGAAACUAUGACUGCUGCAUAAAAUGUUUAAUGUUGGUCAACACAACUUCUUGUUUUGCU